UGGCUGGGAAAACGGAAGCCAGGUUUAUUUGGGCCAGUAAGGGAAUGGAGGGGAGCAGGGUCAAGACUUAGAGCCCCGUCCCCUUGGGUGAUCUAGUUCUGUCAGCAGCGAGAACAGCAUUGUGUUUGGACUCCCUUUUCCACAAUGAGUGUCCUGAGAGUUAGGUUAUUUACUGGAGUUAAGUUCGAAGGAGAAGAAGGGCUCCUGCAUCAGCAUUGCUGUUCUGGUACAAAGAACCUUGGGAAUAGCCCUCCGCGUGCUGCGCUCUGUUUUAGAUUCUGGAGAAAUCCUGCAUCCCUCUGGAGCCCGCACUGCCAGGCAGCAGAACUGUGAGCUAGAGUGAAGCAGAAAUCUAGGAAUAUGAGCUCCAUGAUGGCCAUGGGGGAACCAAGGCUGAACUGGGAUGUUUCCCCCAAAAAUGGCCUUAAGACAUUUUUCUCUCAAGAAAAUUAUAAAGACCAUUCCAUGGCUCCAAGUUUAAAAGAACUAUAUGUUUUAUCUAACAGACGUAUAGGAGAAAAUUUGAAUGCCUCAGCAAGUUCUGUAGAAAAUGAGCCGGCAGUUAGUUCAGCAACUCAAGCAAAGGAAAAAGUUAAAACCACAGUUGGAAUGAUUCUUCUUCCAAAACCAAGAGUUCCUUAUCCUCGUUUCUCUCGUUUCUCACAGAGAGAGCAGAGGAGUUAUGUGGACUUGUUGGUUAAAUACGCAAAAAUUCCUGCAAAUUCCAAAGCUGUUGGAAUAAAUAAAAAUGACUACUUGCAGUACUUGGAUAUGAAAAAACAUGUGAAUGAAGAAGUUACUGAAUUCCUAAAGUUUUUGCAGAAUUCUGCAAAGAAAUGUGCACAGGAUUAUAAUCUGCUUUCUGAUGAUGCUCGUCUCUUCACAGAGCAAAUUUUAAGAGCUUGCACUGAACAAGUGAAAAAGUAUCCAGAGUUCUAUACUCUCCAUGAAGUCACUAGCUUAAUGGGAUUCUUCCCCUUCAGAAUAGAGAUGGGAUUAAAGUUAGAAAAAACUCUUCUUGCAUUGGGCAGUGUAAAAUAUGUGAAAACAGUAUUUCCCUCAAUGCCUGUGAAGUUACAGCUCUCAAAAGAUGACAUAGCCACCACUGAGACACCAGAAAAAACAGCUGCAGCUAUGCAUUAUGAUAUUAGUAAAGAUCCAAAUGCAGAGAAGCUUGUUUCAAGAUAUCACCCUCAGAUAGCUCUAACUAGUCAAUCAUUAUUUACAUUAUUAAAUAAUCAUGGACCAAACUACAAGGAACAGUGGGAAAUUCCUGUGUGUAUUCAAGUAAUACCUGUUGCAGGUUCAAAACCGGUUAAAGUAAUUUAUAUUAAUUCACCACUUCCCCAAAAGAAAAUGACAAUGAGAGAGAGAAAUCAAAUCUUCCAUGAAGUUCCAUUAAAAUUCAUGAUGUCCAAAAACACAUCUGUUCCAGUCUCUGCAGUAUUUAUGGACAAACCGGAAGAUUAUAUGUCUGAAAUGGAUUCCAUCUUUGGAAAUGCCCCUUGGAUUCUUGGGAGGGAAAAGAUGUCUUAUGAAGUUAAUGAGUGCCGAAAGAUUGAGUCCCUUGAAAAUUUGGACCUGGAUUUUGAUGGUGAUGUCACAGAACUUGAAACUUUUGGAGUAAACACCACCAAACCAUCAAAGUCACCAAGUCCAGCAAGUAUUUCCACAGUACCCAACACGACAGAUACUCCCACAGCUCCCAGCACAGCAACCACAUCUGUGGUACCAACUGCACCAGACAUCUCUGCUCAUUCUAGAAGUUUAUCUCAGAUUCUGAUGGAACAGUUGCAAAAGGAGAAACAGCUGGUGACUGGUAUGGACGGUGGCCCUGAAGAGUGCAGAAAUAAAGAUGAUCAGGGAUUUGUACCAUGUGGUGAAAAGCCAUCAAAUUCUGACAACUUUUUGGUGCAGGAUAAUAACUUGAAAAUGUCUGAUUCUUUACAGUUAGAAAGUUCUACAGAAAUUGAAACUUGUCAUAAAAAUGAUUUGACUACUGAUAAGGUAUAUGCCCCUGAAAAACUGAAUGUUCUAGAGAACACAGACAAUUCAAAGGAAAAGACUAUUACCUCAGAACCAGUAAGAAGUGAAGAUGUAAUUCUUUGCAAUAGUGAUACAGAUGAAGACUGUUUAAUCAUUGAUACAGAAUGUCAAAAUAAUAGUAAUGGAAAGACAACUGAUAAGAAUUCUAAUUUAAGUUCUAAACCAGCUAGCCCCAAUUCUUCCUCAGCACAGGCCUCUGUAGGAAACCAGACUAAUGCUACUUGUAGUCUUGAAGAGUCAUGUGUUUUAAAAAAACCUAUUAAACGAGUAUAUAAAAAAUUUGAUCCAGUUGGAGAAAUUUUAAAAAUGCAGGAUGAACUCCUGAAACCAAUUUCCAGAAAAAUACCUGAAGUGCCCUUAAUGAAUUUGGAAAAUUCUAAACAACCUCCUGCUUCUGAGCAAUCUGCUCCUUCAGAUGCUUCUAGUUGGCCAAAAUCUGUAUGGCCUUCUGCAUUUCAGAAGCCAAAAGGACGAUUGCCAUAUGAACUUCAGGACUAUGUUGAAGAUACAUCAGAAUAUGUAGCUCCCCAGGAAGGAAAUUUUGUUUACAAGUUAUUUAGCCUGCAAGACCUGUUGUUACUUGUGCGAUGCAGUGUCCAGAGGAUAGAGACCAGACCACGUUCUAAAAAACGGAAGAAAAUCAGAAGACAAUUUCCAGUUUAUGUACUACCAAAAGUGGAAUAUCAAGCUUGUUAUGGUGUUGAAGCUCUAACUGAAAGUGAACUUUGCCGCCUGUGGACUGAAAGUUUAUUGCAUUCCAACUGCUCAUUUUAUGUUGGGCACAUCGAUGCAUUUACUUCAAAACUUUUUCUGUUAGAAGAAAUUACCUCAGAAGAAUUAAAAGAAAAACUUUCAGCACUCAAGAUUUCAAGUUUAUUUAACAUCCUCCAGCACAUUCUAAAGAAAUUGAGUAGCUUGCAGGAGGGUUCCUACUUGUUGUCUCAUGCAGCAGAAGAUUCUUCUCUCCUGAUCUACAAGACCUCUGAUGGAAAAGUUACUAGGACAGCCUACAAUUUGCACAAAACACAUUGCGGCCUUCCCGGUGUGCCUUCCAGUCUGUCAGUUCCCUGGGUUCCUUUAGAUCCCAGUCUGUUACUACCAUAUCAUAUCCAUCACGGAAGAAUACCUUGUACUUUUCCACCUAAAUCACUAGGUCCCACACCACAGCAAAAGGUUGGUGGAACAAGAAUGCCUACACGCAGCCGCAGGAAUCCAGUUUCUAUGGAAACCAACAGUCUGCCUCCUCAGCAAGUUGAAAAUGAAGGAGAAGCUCCAAAUAAAAGAAAAAUAACUUAAGGACUCUACCAUGGAAAAUGAAGAAAAACUAGUUGUAACAAUGUUCAAUUUAGAAAAGUUUGAGGGGGAAAUAUGCCUAGAAGAUCAGUGGAUAAGAUGAACAUUUUUCUUUUAGUGUCCUUGAGAGUUCUUGGAGUGCCUUGAAAAAAUAUAUUGGCUACGUGAAGGAGUGUUUCAGCUAAAAUGGAAUGUUACACCCUUAACACUUGAUGUUUGAGGAGAAUCUAGAUAUGUUUUAACAUUAUCAUGGCAGGGAAACAGAGAAGAGAAGUAUUUUUAUAGUAGACCUUUUCCAAAAACUGUAAAUAGGAAAAUAAUCUACUUUUUUCAAGAGCAAUAUUUAUCAUUGUGUGUUAUGUUAAUAAUAUGAAUUAUCACAUUGGCUCAGAAAGUUGAAUCUUGCCACUGUCAGAAUUCUGAGCCAAUAUAAACCUUGCUUCUGACCCAUUGUGACAGUUUUAUAUACUAUUUCAAAAUGAUGAUUGUUGCAAGUUAAUAAAGUUAACAUCUUUAAAUACUUGAUGAAAUUCCGUUGCACAAGCCAAAUAUUAAAAUUAAAAAUAAACAAGUCCAUGUCUCUGAAAAGUCACAAGUUAAUGAUUUCUUGUUGGUCAAUUAUCAGUUGAGAAAAAAACCAACCUUCCAUGUGUGUUAUAGGUUUGGCGAUGGAUCCCUCUCUCGGCACAAGUUUCAGCCUAGUGUUGAAAUAUGCUGCUGAAAGCAGAGAUGAUUGUGUUUCCCAGAAAAAUUUCAUUAUUACAACUGACAAGGUUAAUGUAUGGUAAAACGUAAGCUAUUUUUUCUCAUCUAUACUGAUUAAAUGUCCUAGGACCACAAAGAUGAAUUUGACAAAGCUCGUGAGCACCUGGUGUUACUAUAGCCAGUUUGGACUUAAGAAGGAAUGGACUUAUUCAAUUUUUGUAUCUUUGUCCAUUAAUGUGCAUUAAAGUUUCAGAAAUAUGUGCAUCAUUUGUAAAAUACAAGUUUUGUAAUCCAAAGUAAUAUAUCUACUUUGUUUUUGGAAUUUUUUUAUGUGUUUUAUAUUAAUAUAAGAAACUGGUCUGAGAAAUCUUCUCAACUAUUAUUAUAAGUAACAGUUGAAUAUUUUUAUCUUCAACUACCAAGUUUUAUUUUUGAUUUUUAUAGUCUGUUAUAAAAUAUUUUACAUUAAUUAGUAAAUAUUAAGAUUUUUUAAUAUAUUUUAACAUAUAAUUUCCUCCUGCCACUCCCUUUUUAAAACCAUGAGUUUUUUUUAAAUGGACACGAUUUUUUCUUUUUGAACUUUGUCUCAUAUUCUCAUAUCCCAGAAAUAUUUUAGUUGUGACUCAUUUGGCAGUGAACCAAGGGAGAGGCAGGGAAUCCCCUUGGAAUUUGCUCUUUUAAAAAAGCUACAGAGGGAUUUCUUCAGACUCCUGAAUACCAGAAAGAUUUGACUUUUGACUUUUAACAUUACUUUUUACUUAAUAAAAUGUGUGGCCUUGCAAGUAACUAUUUUGAAAUUAUCUUAGCCAUACAUUUGAAUAACCCUGAUAAUAUAUAUAAAUCUAGUGUUAGUUUUUCACUUGUACUUAACCAAGCCUCUUUUAUAACAUGUAGUUGAUUAUGUUUGUGUUUUUUUCCUUAAUUUUUAGUAGGCAUACCUCAUUUUAUUGCACUUUGUUGCACUUUGCACAUACUACAGUUUUUACUAAUUGAAGAUUUGUGGCAACAAAGCGAGUCAGUGUUGGCAAGGAUGUGAUGAACCUGGUCCACUUAUACCUAUGGUGAAGAUACAAUUUAUACAUACCUCUUGGGAAAAAUUAGUCCAGUAAAUGUUUGCUUUGGAUGCCACACAAUCUAAAGUAGGUCCCGGUUGUUACUCUCAUAAUAUUCUUUUUUGCCUAUAUUGCAGUAGUUUAUCUGACUUACUAUCUUUCUUCUUGAAUAGACUAUAAACUAUGCAAGGUCAGGAACAUAUUUGUUUUGUUCACAAUUAUGUAACAAACACCUAACUUGGUACUGCUGUCUUGUAGUUGCUUAGUAAAUAUAAGUUGGAUGUAUGAAUAAAUGAAUAUCUGGUUAUCAA